AUGGAACCAUCAUAUAAAGUGAAAAUCAAUGUCGACUUCAGUAGAUUACGUUCAGGUUCUUUAACAGUAAUUUCUCCAUCUCAGUCUUUAGCUAUCAACAUGUCGGUAUGUAUCGUCCUCCUCCUCUUUGAAGAGUUACGCUCACCAAAGUCUGGCUGUAGAUGCCAUCAGGGUAUGCUCCUAUAUUCACCAACACUCGUUAAGACGUUCCACAUUCCUCUCAUCCUGACUAACUAUACUGCCAAUAGCGUUUCUAUAGCGGAUGAAUGCAUCACCGCCUACAGCCAACUCCGUUCCGGAAGAGGGACAAAAAAGCCAACGUUCGUGAUCUACCGGAUCUCAGACGACCAAACAGCGGUUGUAGUAGAAGAAUCAUCUGCAGAAAAGGAUUUCGAGGCCUUCCGCCAGAAACUCAGCUCCGCUGUGGAUAGCCGUGGCAACCCUGCCCCACGCUAUGCGGUGUAUGAUGUUGAAUAUGACCUUGGAGAAGAUGGCAAGCGGUGCAAGACAGUUUUUAUAAGCUGGGUGCCUGCUAGCACGCCGCUGAAACUGUGUAUGCUUUACGCGAGCACCAAGGAGCAGCUGCGGAGCGCUCUUGAUGUCAAGUUAUCCAUCCACGCCGAUACACCGGAUGAGAUUGAAUGGAGGACCGUGCUAAGCGUGGCCAGUGGAGGGAAGGUUUGA